AUGAUUUGUUCUAUACCUUUCAGAAACAGGCAGAGACUGUACAUGUUGAAGCUGAAAAUAACGAGAGCAGCAGUACAGGAAAAAGGAAGGCAGGGGAGUAGGCCUUCUCAGACCCACAUGUGUCCGGAGGUACCCAAACAGAUCACAGCCAGAGGAGAGAAAGAAGGAGGGAUGGAAGGGUGUUUGUGGCUCCGCCCUGCCCAGUCCGAGACGUUAGAGAUUGGGAAGGUGGGGGGGAGAGGGUGGUGAGAAAGAUGGCAGGAAGAGGGGAAGGAGUGUACAAAGUUCGGGGGAGGAGACAGAAAGGGAAGAGAAAAGAGCGGGUAGGAGGGGUGGAGAGAGUUUGAGUAACAGAGGAGAGUUGGGAGGGAGGAGGCUGGGCACGAGAAGACGUUAGUGUGGAAAGAAGGAAUGAAGGUCUGAGGAGAAAGGAGGAACCGACUACGGGAAGAUUGGUGCUGGAAGCUAGCUGGGUGGGUGGCAGAGGAGACGGAAAUCCCAGAGAUCCCAGUCAAGGGCUGGGCACUCCGCUCGACGCACACUUCAGGUCCCUCCGGCCACCGUUGCGCCCCGGGGCCAUGCGCCCCCCGCCCCCGCGCCAGCCCCCGCCGCCCGCGGCCGGGGCGCGGAGCUCGGUGAGCCUGCAGCGGUCCUUCCUGCGUAGCCCACUGGGAGUCUUGCGGCUGCUGCAGCUGCUGGCCGGAGCCGCCUUCUGGAUCACCAUCGCCUCCAGCAAGUACCAGGGCCCCGUGCAUUUCGCGCUCUUCGUCUCUGUGUUCUUUUGGCUGCUGACCGCCGGCCUCUACUUCACCACUCUGCUGGGCAAACACGAGCUGGUGCCGCUGCUGGGACCCCGCUGGCUGCUCACCAACAUGGUCCACGACCUGCUGGCGGCCGGCCUGUACGUGGCGGCCUCGGGCAUCAUGAUCGACCAGACGCAGCAGCACAACUAUUGCAACCUGAAGGACUACCAGUUGCCCUGCGCCUACCACUCCUUCCUCGCCGCCUCCGUCUGCGGCUGCUUCUGCCUCUCGCUCUACCUGCUCUCGGCGCUCUACUGUUCCUGCCGCCGCUGCCGGGGCCACCAGGACUCGGUGUGAGGCUGACCCGGGCCGCCGGGGCGGGAGGGGGAAGAGGAACCGAGCAACCUCCCAUCCUAACCUCCUCCCUCGCUAGCUCUCUUCCUAUUCCCCUCUGCACAGCCCCACUCUCUAGCUACUCACCCUCCCAGUUCUCCAGCUCCCUCCCGAGGGCUCUCUCGACUCCCCGGCCUCCCUACUCUUGCCCGCCCACCCCGGAUCUUCCCCCGCCCCAGCCUCCCAAAAGCCCACGCGAUCCAGCCGGGGCGAGGUUCUGGGAGAAAGACAAAUUGUUGCACACGCAUUCAACAAUGGACCAGCGAGCAGUUGUCCCCGACUAUUUCCAAGACAGAGACGGGAAUUGAAAGCUGGCCGCAACCCACUGACAGAUUGCAGGACUGGCCGGCCGCAAGCCGUGUAAGGCAGGUAGAGACCGACAGACUGGCCGACCCCCAGAGGCCUGGCUUGCCCAUGAAAGCCCUUUCGCCACUCCCCUCCCCUCCCUAUGUCUAAACGUGGACAGAGACGCCCGCGUGGAUCCGGGAAAAAUUCUAUCGAAGCUUGUUCUGGAGCUGUUUCUCAACCCCUCCUUUCCUUCUCAGGGAGGAGCACAGCCCUUUCCUUUGGCCCCUCUUCCAGCUGCUAGUCCCUCUGGGCCAGGCCGCAGGCUGACAGCCAGCCAGCCAGCCAGUCAGCCAGUUACUUGGCUUGCAAGCGGAAUAAAUGAGGAGUCCGGACGGCUCUGGGCUGGGGCUCCCAGAGCAAGUCUAGCCCGAGGCAGGGCCACGCCUUUUUACUUCCUAGAGCUGUGGUCCCCUCCCGACUGCCUGGUAUCCUGUUAGCUGGGUGCUUUUGUGUUCCCGUGGCCAGGCUGGAUGCUCCAGAACGUACACCAAAAGAGCGCUAGCUAGAGGGCCUCUUACCUCGGCCAGCAAUUUCUUGCUCACCCAAGCAAGCACCCUCUCCUCACCCACCCACAGAAACCUACUUACCUAGCAGACACCUAGUUGCCUUUUGGGCCUUAGGGACCACAGACUUAUAAAAUGCCAGAGCAGCCAAAAACCUUAUCCAUCAUCUUCGGGUCCAAUCCUAUCAUUUUAGAUAUGGGGAAGCAGGUUCCCCUGGAGAUGAAGUGCCUUGUCUAAAGUUACAGAGCUAGUUGGAGGCCAGACAAAAAGCAUUCUGGCCUCCCAGCUUUCAGGUUAGUUAUUGCUCUUUCUGGUAGACAAAGCUGCCUCUCAAUCUAGGGCUAGCUAGUGUCAGACUAGGAAGCAAAUGUUUGCCAUCAUUUUUAUUAAUCCCGACAAAUGAGACCCAGUGUAGCUGCUUCAGUCUACCCAGAGCUUUUGGGGUAUAAGUUUUUUUUUUUUCUAACUCUUCUAUCUUAGACCAAAUACUGUGUUAUGGUUCCAAGGCAGGAGAGAGGUAAGGGCUAGGCAAUGGGGGUUAAGUGACUUGCCCAGGAUCACACAGCUGGGAAGUGUCUGAGGUCAAAUUUGAACCCAGGACCUCCUUUUUCUGGACUUGAUUUUCGAUCCACUGAGCCACCUAGCUGCUCCCUGGGGUGUAAGUUCUAAGGCUUAAGUUUUGAGGUAUACACAAGCAGACCAGGGUACAGAUUGGGAAUUGGAGAAUGAAUUUGAGUAGACUGAGAGAAAUGACGAAUUCCUCCUACUUUACCCAGGAAGAUUAUUUUUUGAUUUGUGUGGGGAUAAUCGGGGGAGGUUGAUAAGGGAUGUUAUGGAAAGUUCUAUGAAAUUAUAAAUUCUUUAAGCUCAGUUAGUGAGAACUUGUUAAAUAUCUUAGUAUUCUCUGGGAACUGGUUACUUGCUCCAACUCUAUAUUUCUUUGGAAAAUAAGCAGAGGCCCAUCUAGAUUACAUUUCACAGUGAAAAGAUCUGACUCCAGUUUAGGGACCCUGCACUUGGCACUCAUAUAUGGAGCAGCUAAGGAGAGAAGUCUUCUGGAGGUUGGAAAAUCAGAGGUUAUGCCAACUACAGUUUGGGAGUGAUCUUUGGCUGUGAAGCUUGGCACAGAACUGAAGGAAGACUCCAAGAAGCUGCCCACAUCAACCAGCUCUUCAUCUUUCCUGGGGUGGUCAGUUGGGGGUGAUGGAGAAGAUAGCUCUGGACAGAAGAAGCAAGAAGCUGUCAGAGUCUACCUGGACAAUAUGGAAUAGCACCAUAUGGACAUCUCUGCCAGGGACUGACUUCUAGAACCUGCAAUCUGUGACCCUCGGGUGGUGGUAGCUUGGUUUUGGAUCCUCUUAAGUGUUUGUGUGUGUGUAUGUAUGUACACACAAAUAUCCAAUUUCCCUAUGCCAAUGGGAUGAUUCAAUGCAAUGAACAGAUCCUAGAUCAUCUAUUCCCCUCCCCCCUCCUCUAUUUUCUUGGGCCACUCUUUUUUCUCCUUCUCAUUUCCCCACCUUCCAAGCUACAUCCAUCUCCCUGGUCAAACUUGUCCCUAUUACAAGUGUCACUUGGGUUUCCCACCUCAAUUUUGUUGGUAAUGCCUUGCUUGUUCUGACAGCAAUUAGAUUACUUGCCAUUUGGUACAACCCACACAACACAAUAAGCACCUGGGUUCUUAACCUAAGAGGGAAAUAGUUUACACUAAAUAUGGAAAAAGAGAGAGGAAAGGCAUUAAACACACACACACACACACACACACACACACACACACACACACACACACACACACACACACACACAAAGCCAAAGAUAGGUUUUGGAACAAGCCUUAAAGCCUCUUCAACUUGGGGCUGCCAGCUUCAGCUUUUAUUUGCAAUUUAACCCAUUAUCUCACUAAUACAGGUGAUAAGCAUCACAGUGGUUCACAUCAAAGUUACAAGUUCUGUUUUAACAAAGAUGUCAAGAUUUUUGAUGCAAGGCUCUCACUCCUAAAUUUUAUGAUCAUAGAAAUUCAUCAGUUCUGAUCUCCUUACCAUCUGAUCUUAUUUGUGGCCUUUCAGUGCCAUCCUCAGCCUCUUGCCUUUGCCUGACAGGUGCCAUGUUCUCCUGAACAUUCCAGAGGUUAAUGGAAGGCCAUUUAGUUUUCCAGAUGUAACUUUGGUGUUUAGCCCUCCAAAUCCUUGGCAACCUACCUCUCUUGCCUUCCAAAAUGGGGAAAGAUUUUAGAAUUGAUAUGAAAAGUUCUUUUCCUUCCCUACUUCCUUACACUUUCUCCUGAAACUCCAGUCUCAUUCAGUGUUAUUAGGGAUCGAGUUCCAGAGACAUUUCAAUCCUGGAGUCUCCUCUUAGGCUAGACUCAGCCCUCUUUUAUUACCAGGACCCAGGUCUUCUUGGCCUGAACUAUACCAAAGACAAGCUCACUAGCCAUUUCCCCUAGAACCUUAAGACUGGCUCUUAACUCAUAUUUUCCAGGGCUGUUUGCUGAACAUGACCUACUAAGUCUCUAGCUUUACUGACUUAGGAAGGCAGCUAAGCAGCAGCCCCCACUGGGACAAACUCGUAUGUUUGGGGAGGCCUUCCUCCUUGGGGUUGGUCAUUCCAGUUGUCACACUGUGUGGGGUUUUUAAUAAUCUGCUUUUCUAAAUAAAGUUGUGUUCAUAUUUCA